AUGUCCAUGCACACAGCGUCGCUUCGCCGUGCGCAAACCGAUCUUCCGACACAAACUUCGAGUCCCCUCCGCCAUGACUCGACCGCUUCAACAAAUUCGUCGGUCUAUUCUGUCUCCUCGAGCUCUUUUGCCCCCAGUCGCACCAGCACUGUCUCCUCAAACGCGUCCGUCGGCUCGGUCACUGGCCCUGGACAUAAGCGCGGCAAAAGCGAGGUAAACACAGCAGCGAUGCAUCAAAGUAUGGGUGUAGGUGCGCCGGAAUGGUCCAACGCAAGCGCAACAUACAAAGAUAUUCGCCGUUCGCUGCGGCCGCUCACCCAAGCCCCGAACUCUUCUCCUCCAGCAAACAAACAUGUUUCAUUUCGCCACUCCAGGAGUCAAACGGUCGACAAUCCGCAGUAUUGGAAGGAGAAUCGCCCACAAACCCCCGAAACCAGUUAUGGCCAUAACCAAGACACUGAACCCCUCAAGGAAAAAGGCUCUCACAACGUGAUAACUUCUCCAAAGCCUAGCUCGCCCCAUCAUGAUUCCCCUCUCGCGAGGUCCCACGUCAGGGCGAACCACUCCCAUAGCGUUUCCAGUCCCCAUCCACCCCAAUUAACAGCCGCUCUCUCGGCUCCAGAACUGGAGACGUUCCAAAAAUCAUCCACGGGUCACCUUCGCGCCUUGUCCAAGUUUGCAAAGUCUGGUGCGACAGAGGAAUUCUCCAUCGAUACCUUCACACCUUCAGUUGUGGGACUUCAAGGACGACGGCGACUGAAGAGGUCUGACUCAGUAGCUGCCAAUCAUGGCCCAAGAACUGCUCAACGACCGACCACAUCAGCGUGGACAGCUGGACAUUGGAUGGACGCACAGCGACAAUUCUUGCAGGCUUACGAGUACCUUUGCCAUAUCGGAGAAGCCAAAGAGUGGAUUGAAGAGAUUAUCCAACAACAAAUUCCACCGAUCGUGCACCUUGAAGAAGGCCUGCGUGAUGGUGUUACCCUAGCUGAAAUCGUGCAAUCAAUGUACCCCAAUCGACCCUUGCGGAUCUUUCGGCAUCCGAAAUUGCAGUACCGGCACUCAGACAAUAUAGCCUUGUUCUUCAGAUUCCUCGACGAGGUGGAGUUACCGGAGCUCUUCAGGUUUGAGCUUAUCGACUUGUACGAGAAGAAGAAUAUACCCAAAGUGAUACACUGUAUCCACGCGCUGUCAUGGCUAUUAUUCAAGAACGGUCUUGUCGACUUCCGAAUGGGUAACCUUGUUGGUCAACUACAGUUCGAACACCAUGAACUAGAACAGACCCAGAAAGGUCUAGAUAAGGCAGGGGUUAGCAUGCCGAGCUUUACUGGCAUGGCCGCCAACUUCGGCGCUGAGCCAGAACCUGAACCCGAGUCAGAAGAGGACCGAAUCGAACGAGAACUACGCGAAAACGAAGAUUCUAUUGUCGAUUUCCAGGCUCAACUCCGGGGCGCGAUGUUACGUUUAAGCUUGGGCAACUUGAUGAACGAUCUGUGGGACUUCGAGCCGCUACUCGUCGAGCUUCAAUCCAUGAUACGAGCAGAUUGGACGAGGCAAGUGGUCCAGUAUCGCAUCGAUAUGCGAAAGUUUGCCGUCAACCUCCAAGCAAAUUGCCGCGGGUUCAUCGCGCGACAUCGCCAAAGGGAUACCAAGCAAAAUUACAAGGCCCUCGAGAAAAACAUUCUCCAGUUUCAAAGCGCAAUUCGGGGUUCUAAAGCUAGGGUUCAAGCAGAUUAUCUCCGCAUUCAGCUGUUGAGACAGGAAUCGGGGAUUAAACAAAUUCAAGCUGCUGUCAGGGGUGCUCUUCAACGUAAAGCCGUCUACGAUCUUUACGAUGACGUCUCAGACGCCGAGGGGCAGGUCAAACUGCUGCAGGCUGCUAUCCGUGGAGCUUUGCAACGCUCACGAGUCUCAAAACAAUACGAAGAGGCCCAGUGUGCGGAGGAAAAAGUUCAAGGACUGCAAGCAGCAAUUCGCGGUGCGUUGCUGCGUAGCCGCAUGGGCGCUCAGUCAGAAGAGAUUGCGCAAGCCGAGGGAAGUGCAGAUGUUGUUCAGGCGGCAAUUCGAGGGAUGCUGCUUCGUCAAAAUAUCGCCCAAACGCUUUCGUCUCUCGGUGCCGAAACUCAGUCGAUAGUAUCUAUCCAAGCAUACGCCCGUGCCGCAGCCGCUAGAAAAUCACAGUCUGCAUUGAACGCGUCGCUUGCUAGGGAAAUGCAAAGCUUUAUUAACCUUCAAUCUAUGGUUCGUGGCGGCUCUCUGCGAAAAGACAUUGCAACUACACGAGAGGCACUGGCGCAACACCUUUCUUCGUUGAUUGACAUCCAAAGCACUGCCCGUGCCAAUGCCUUGCGGUCUUUCUUGGAGUCCCAGAGGGAAGCUCUCGCAAAAGAGAGCAGCUCUGUUUUGGACGUUCAAUCCAUGGCCCGCGGUGUCAUCCUAAGGUCGCGCCUGGAAGAGGAUCGCUCAAGGCUGCAACAGGAAGAACCCGCCAUCGUGGAGCUCCAAGCACUCGCCCGCGCAGCUGUUCUACGGAUCCACGUUGGAGAUAUUCUAGAGCAGCUGGACGAUUGUGACUAUGAGAUCAGCGAAUUACAAGCGCAUAUCAGAGCCAUGAUCGUCCGAGUAGAUGUCGGUCAAACACUGGCUGAGCUUGCAGCCGAAGAAGACAUCAUCACCGAUUUCCAGUCCCGAAUCAGAGGACACGUUGUCCGAGCGAAAUUUGAAGAAAAACGCCGUUACUACCAGGAGAACAUGGAGAAAGUCGUCAAGGCGCAAAGCUUUGUGCGGGGCCGAAUCCAAGGCCAGGCAUACAAGAGUCUCACAAGCGGUAAAAAUCCACCUGUAGGAACGGUAAAAGGAUUCGUGCACCUUCUAAACGACAGCGAGUUCGACUUUGAUGAGGAAAUCGAGUCCGAUCGCACCAGAAAGUUAGUGGUACAGCAGGUUCGGCAAAACGAAAUGGCGGAACAGUACAUCAGUCAGCUUGAUAUCAAGAUUGCUCUUCUGGUGAAGAACAAAAUCACGCUGGACGAGGUUGUCAAACACCAGAAACACUUCGGUGGUCACGUUGGGAAUCUGCUUUCCAAUACAGAGAUCUCCUCGAAGGACCCAUUCGAUCUCAAAGCUCUAAACAAAACUUCGCGGAGGAAAUUAGAAUACUAUCAAGUGUUCUUCUUCCUCCUUCAAACGCAAUCUCAGUACCUCGCCAAACUUUUCCGACGUCUCCGUGAAGUAAACACCCCUGAAAAGGAGUACGAAAGGAUACGGCACUUAAUGAUGGGUCUCUUCGGGUAUUCUCAGAAAAGGCGUGAGGAGUACUACCUCAUCAAGUUGCUAGCUCGUUCAGCUCGGGAGGAGGUCGAGAGCUUUACUUCUAUCCACGAGUAUUUGCGCUGCAGCUCCUUCUGGAACAAGCUUUUUGCAUCGUAUAUCAAAUCCCCUCGUGACCGGAAAUUCAUGCGAGAUGUCCUCAGUACGGCAGUGAAAGAAAACAUUGUCGAAAACUCCGAGUUGGAUCUGGAAAGUGAUCCGAUACAAAUCUACCGUUCCGCCAUCAAUAACGAGGAGCUCAGGACUGGACAGCGCAGUCGACGUCCGCUUGAUAUUCCGAGAGAAGAAGCCAUCCGAGACCCCGAAACAAGGGCGACUUUCAUCCAACAUCUGCAAGACCUUCGAGACAUUGCAGAUCAAUUCUUUGCUGCGCUGGAAGAGCUUCUGUAUCGCAUGCCCUUCGGAAUCCGUUACAUUGCCAAGGACAUGUAUGAAAGCCUACUUUCUCGGUUCUCCAGCGAAGACCCAGGGUACAUCCUUCAGACGGUUGGUCAUUGGGUGUGGAAGAAUUAUUUCCAGCCAGCGAUCAUGGAACCAGAGAAGUUCGGAGUGGUGGACAGGGGGUUGACGCAAGAGCAAAAGCGGAACUUGUCGGAGAUUGCAAAAGUCAUCGCUCAAGCUUCAUCUGGGCGGCUUUUUGGUGCAGAGAAUGUAUAUCUUCAGCCUUUGAACACCUACAUUGCGGAGUGCAUUCAACGACUGGGGGACAUCUGGGGUGAAUUGAUCACCGUCCAGGAUGCCGAAACAUACUUUGACAUUGAUGAGUUCAACGACCUUUACGCCAAAACAAAACCAACAUUAUACAUCAAAAUGUCUGAUAUAUUCUCUAUCCACCACCUGGUCGCUUCCAACAUCCACUACAUCUGCCCCAAUCCGGACGACUUCCUGAAAGAGGUGGUCCGCGACCUGGGGAAUGUCAAGUCGAAUGAGAACGAGUUGAUGAGCGUCAACUCUUCUGAAAUUAAUUUGACAUUGAUCCCAAAACUCGCGCAAACCGAAGAUCCGGAAGCCGAUGUCAAGGCUUUGUUCAUGGAGACCAAGAGAUGCGUACUCUAUAUCAUUCGUGUACAGUCUGGAGCCAACCUUUUGGAGAUUAUGGUGACGCCACCUACCAAGGAAGACGAAGGGAAAUGGAUGACACUCGUGCGUGAUGAGCUGAGUGCCCAUAACACAGAACGAAGCGCAUACUCCGAAGCCAAUAGCCUAGUUGAUAUCGCCUCCAUGGGCUAUUCAGAGUUGAAGCGAACGGCCCUGGAAAACAUCUUGCAACUUGAACGCGCAGGAAAGAUCCGCCGCAACAACCACUACCAAGAUCUUCUCAACGCCAUCGCCAUUGACAUCCGAACAAAACAUCGCCGCAGAAUCCAACGCCAGCGAGAAUUGGAAAGUGCUCAUAUGACCCUUAACCGCCUCAACGGUCAAGCUGUUUGGUUGGACCAGCAGCUCAAGACAUAUAACGAUUAUAUCGAGCAGGCAAUGGUGACGUUGCAAAGCAAAAAAGGCAAGAAGAGGUUCCUUAUGCCUUUUACUAAACAAUGGGAUCACCAACGUGAGCUUCAAAAAACCGGCAAGGUAUUCAAGUUUGGAUCGUACAAAUACUCGGCCCGAAAUCUCGCGGACAAAGGAGUCCUGGUCUAUUGGAAGGGCUAUACAGAACGACAGUGGGAUCGCGUUGACCUGACCAUUUCGAGUAAUGAAGUCGGCGUCUUCACACUCGAUGGAAGCAGCGGUCCCAUGAUGGUCCCCGGCGCCAAUGCACAGGUUCCCUUGGAUGACCUCCUGCAAGCUCAGUUCAACAAUAUGCAGUUCCUCGACUUCUUUGAAGGAGCCCUGCGGGUCAACGUCAAUCUGUUCCUGCAUCUAAUUAUGAGGAAAUUUUAUAACGAAUAA